AUGUUAAGCGUUGUUGAGGAUAUUGAAAGUUCUGCUAACAUCGCAAAAAGUGAUUUGAUAGAUAUUUUAAAUAGUAAUAGUGACAGUAGUGAUAUUUCACUUUCUGUACGAGAACGUUGUAAGCGACUGGUUAUCGAAGAUGAUACCGACGACGAAGACCACAGUAAUCAUCAACAAUCAGAGCUAUGGAUUUGGAAAGAAGAAAUUAAUGAACCAAAAAUUUGGAACUAUACAGGGAUUUCUGGUAUAAAAGUGACAACUUUGAGUCAGUUAGGUGAAAACAAAAAAGAAGUAGAUGUUUUUAAUAUAAUAUUUGAUAAUAUAUUUUGGGAAAAUAUUGUUAUAGAAAUGAAUCGAUAUGCAAAUCAAAUAAUGAACAAUGAAAAUAAAAGACUAAAACUAGACGAAACUUGGUUUCCUGUAAACUGUAGUGAAAUCAAAAUAUAUUUUGCACUAUGUAUAAUAAUGGCUGAAGUUAAGAAAUCAACAAUAUAA